CUGCACCCACUCGAGCGCUCUGGCUUUCCACGCGCAGCGCGCGCCCCACUGUUGCACAGGAGAAGUGCGCGCUCUCGCUCCGUUUAGAUGCUCGCAUCCACAGGGGGCCUUGACCGAUUCUUCUUCUACUGUCAGGAGAGCGCACCGUAUAACGGCAGCCUUUGCGAUCCAAUAUCCCUGUCUUUGAUCUGAAGGCAAAUAGGAGACCCCCCUACCCCAUAGACUGCGCGAAGGCGACUGAUUAGCGGACAGAAGCGAUGGCGGAAUCGGGCAGCAGCGCGGCGGCGGCCGGAGCCGCGGGCUCGAGUGGCAGCGCCGCCGGGGCUGGAGCAGCCGUCGCGGUCGGGGGAGCUAAUGGAGCGGCGGGACCCAAGCCCGGCCUGGAGUCGGUGAAGGGACAGAAUUUUGACGUUGGCCCCCGAUACACCGACCUCCAGUACAUCGGGGAGGGGGCCUAUGGGAUGGUCUGCUCAGCUUUUGAUAAUGUGAAUAAGAUCCGAGUGGCCAUUAAGAAGAUCAGUCCGUUUGAACACCAGACCUACUGCCAGCGCACCCUGAGGGAGAUCAAAAUCCUCCUGCGGUUCCGUCAUGAGAACAUCAUCGGCAUCAAUGACAUCCUGAGAGCGCGUCGCAUCGAGUAUAUGAGGGAUGUCUACAUCGUACAGGACCUGAUGGAGACCGACCUUUACAAAUUGCUGAAGACACAGCAACUCAGCAACGACCAUGUCUGCUACUUUCUGUACCAGAUCUUGCGAGGGCUGAAGUACAUUCACUCUGCCAAUGUGCUGCACAGAGACUUGAAGCCGUCAAACCUUCUCAUCAACACCACCUGUGACCUCAAGAUCUGUGACUUUGGGCUGGCACGGAUAGCCGACCCAGAACAUGACCACACCGGAUUCCUCACAGAGUAUGUGGCUACUCGCUGGUACCGUGCUCCUGAGAUCAUGCUCAACUCCAAGGGCUACACCAAGUCUAUUGAUAUGUGGUCUGUUGGUUGCAUCCUAGCUGAGAUGUUGUCCAACAGACCCAUCUUCCCUGGAAAGCAUUAUCUGGACCAGCUCAACCACAUUUUGGGUAUUUUGGGCUCCCCCACUCAAGAUGAUCUGAACUGCAUCAUCAACAUGAAGGCCAGGAACUACCUCCAGGCUCUACCCCAGAAACCAAAAAUCCCAUGGAACAAGCUGUUCCCCAAAGCAGACAACAAAGCUCUGGAUUUAUUGGACCGCAUGUUAACCUUCAACCCCAUCAAACGUAUAACUGUGGAGGAAGCACUGGCCCAUCCCUACCUGGAGCAGUACUAUGACCCCUCUGAUGAGCCGGUGGCUGAGGAGCCCUUCACUUUCAACAUGGAGCUGGAUGACCUUCCUAAAGAGAAGCUGAAAGAGCUCAUCUAUGAGGAGACGGCACGCUUCCAGGCCACUUACCAGGGCUCCUGAGAGGGACAGCCAUCACGGAGAAUAACCGAGCAGCAAGGAGUCUCAGAUAAAGAUGACUCCAGACAACCUGCAAAAACAUAUACAUACAUAUAUACAUGGCAAAAAAAAAAAAAAAACAAGAUAAAAAGACAAAAAAAAUCUACAUUUAAAAACAUGAGCUUUGUUUUAUCUGUCCAUCUCUCUUUCUUGCUGGAAAGCUGUGCUCUAGUUUGUGCUUAUAACAUCUUAUCAUAACGCCAUUAAUGGGGGCCGUCAGACUCGCUGUUCUCAUCUCAUACCGCACACAGCUCCUGCUCUCUCAAACAAUUGCAUCUUUCACCCUUUCUAUCAAUACCCUGCUUCUCUCUCUGUUUGUAUCCGUCUCUUUCUCUUUAUGUCUCUCUCGAGGGUGUCUCUCUACUGGUCUGUGUUGUUCCGGGUGGUUUUUAUUUUUCAUUCCACAGACAUGGAGAGAGAGAAAGAGAAUCUGUAUGAUGGGCACUGACUGGUGUGUGUGUGUAUAUAUAAGUGGUUUAGAGUUUCAUUGGAGUAUUGUAGGUUGGCAAUCUGUUUGUACACUGUAAUUUGAACGUUGCGAUCAGUUACAAAUCGUGUUUUGUAAUGUUGGGAAUUAAUAUUUGAGUAUCUUUUGAAAUAUAAAGUCAUUGCUUGUGUUUUUAUUUUUAUUAUUAUUAUUCAUUCAAAGACAAAUGAUGUUAAAAUUAAUGAGCUUGGACUUGUUUUGUUUUCUAUAGUGAGGAAAAAGAGGUCUCGUUUUGGUUCUUGAGAAAUAUAUUGAGUAAAAGAGAAAUGGCGGCAGGCAGGAUGAACGGAGGAAAGAGUGCAAGAUGGAAUAGUAUCAUCUGCUGUAAAAUAUCAUGUUCUACUGUUGAGAACUGAGACUAUUUCUUGCCAAUGUUCUUGGGAAAUUUAAGCCAUCAGUAUCGUUUUUUUCAUUUAGUGUUGGCUUCCUUUCCCUCUUUCUCCUCCUCUCGCUCGUCUGUUCAUUUGAUGGUGGAUCUGUGGUGUGCAGACCUUCAUUGUGAGUUUUUUUUUUUUUUUUUUUUUUUUGGGGGGUUGAUACUGAUUUCUUUGUGAAUAACAAUAGUUGUCAUUGGUUACCAUGUCCAUAGCUACUGUUGCCAUGAUUCCUUUCUGAUAAGUCACACGUAGCUCCCCACGUUCUGGCUUUGUUUCUCGCAGAUGUCGGUCCCUUCUUCUUUUUCUUUCGCAUCUUGUUUAGUUUUUCUUCACUUGUCCUGGAGUGAUUGAGGAAUCAUAGCCAAGCUGAACACUUUCAGAGCCAUAGCACAUUUUUUCUCAUUCCCUCCCUGUGAUGUCAGAACUUUUCAAAGGGCUUUUCCACAGGGCUUGCUGACCUCAUCAUGCCUCUCCUGCCUGUGAUUGGCUCAGCUUGUGUUUAUCUAGUUUCGAAAUGACUUAUUCUGCAUGCGUUGCAUCUUAGACGUUACUACCUGCCUUUAUUAUACGUUUCCGGUGAGAUGUCACCAUCUUUCGAUGCUGUUUUUAAAGAAACCGUCAUUGCUUUUGGCCAAUCAUGGAUGAGGAAAGCAUGUUCAAGUGGGAAGAGUUAAAAUGACACAGUGUGUAGCUGUUUUGCAUAAAUACAGGGUGUGAGUUGCAUAAAUUAAUAAACCUCCCUGUGUAAAACCCCAUUGAGACGAGCCCCAACUGCAGAGGAACUUCACCCCGCACGUCAAUCACGUGACAUUUCUCAAUCGGUGCACCCGCACUUUGUGUCUCAUGACCAAACGUUUUGUUUUCAGUUCAGUUUUUAGUGCAAUUUAAUCGAUUCCUGUGACAAACAUUUCCUUGUUUUUGUUCUAAGCUUUAGUCUUCAUUUUUUUCUUAAUCCCCCGCUUGUUAGGGUGAAAUGUAACAGGCAGUGAUGGUUGGUUGAGUCCCAUGUCUGUGUCUGUACGUCUGUCCUUUCCAACCAGAAGCUGCUCUUCUCUGCUUCCUCUUGAGGAGGGGAGAUCAUCCCGCUCUGUGAUCUGAGGGAAACAACUCAUUACCAAGAAAAUGAUUAUUUAUAUUACUGUAUUGUCAAUGGCAAUGACAUGCUUAUUGUGAAUGGGACCAUGGGGACUGUCAACAGUCUCACACACACACACACACAAUGGCAAUGACAUGCUAAACCUGCACGCAUACAGUGUAUGAUUUCAAAAGCCUGCAAAGGAGGCAGAUAUAAUGUCCUUUUGAUGGCUGUCAUUAUAAUUAUUGCUGGUGUUAAAUUGGUGAGGUUUUUUUUUAUUAUUUUAAAAAUUGAAAAGGGAUUUAAAAACUGUUGUCCUUUUUAAAGUAUGUUUUGCAUUUCUUUCAUUUUUUUCGCUUUGGGUGUGAAAAAGAAUUGGCUGUUCCCUCUUUCUGAAGUCUAUUUUUUCCCUAAAUCUUCUAAGGAAUUAUUUUAAAAGUUGAUUAAACGAUAUGGGUAGAUUGUCAAAAGAAAUGAGCUAUGGAUGGUUAUAGUCUAUGUAUAUGCUUAUGGGUAUAAUAAAUUAAACAAUUAACAAAAACAGAAUUAUAUACAUAUAUUAAAUAAAAUUCUUGAUACUGUAA